AAGGACAUGUCCAGAACCUAAACCAUUUGUAGUGUUUGAUGUUGAACUGUGAUGUUCCGGAACUGUGAGCCGCAAUAAGCCUCUCCCUUUUGCGAUACGAUAAUGAAGUGCUAACGGAUGCCUUGAGGAAUUUCUUCUUGCUAACUAGUGUGAUUUAGGAGUCACGGGACCACGAAGAAACAUGUUUACUACACUGUCAGGUGUCCUUUUCAUCCUGUUAAUGGUGGAAUUUAUUCUUGGAAAUUUUGCCAAUGCCUUCAUAGCACUGGUGAACUGCAUUGGCUGGAUGAAGAGAGAAAAACUUUCUUCAGUUGACCGAAUUUUCAUUGCUCUGGCCAUCUCCAGAAUAGCUUUGCUCUGGGUAAUAUUAAGAAGUAGUUUCUCACCUAUUGAUAAUCCAGCUGUGUUUACAUUAACUGAGAAAUUUAUCCAUAACACCUGGACGGUGGCUAACCAUUUCAGCAUGUGGAGUGAUACUCUUCUCAGCAUAUUUUACUUGCUCAGAAUAGCCAAUUUCUCCAGUCUCCUUUUUCUUCAUGUCAAGAAGAGAGUUGAAAGUAUAAUGGUGGAGGUAAUACUGGGGAGCUGUGUGUUUUUGGUUUGCAAUCUGGUAAUGGUAAACAUCACUCAGCAUGUGCAGGCAAAACUGUAUGACACAAAUGAGACUUGGGAGAUUUUAAUUGUUUCAAAUUCAAUCGUCCGCACCCUAUCAAGCUGCAUACCCUUUGCGAUGUCUCUGCUCUGCUUCCUGCUGUUGACUUAUUCUCUGUGUAAGCAUCUCAGAAAGAUGAAGCUCAAUGCUAGACAUUUCCAAGAUUCCAGCACCAGGGUCCACAUAAGAGCAAUACAAAAUGUGGUUUCCUUCCUGUUCUUAUUUGCUCUGUAUUUUCUUUGUGUGGUUCUAUCAUUUUGGAGUUAUCAAAUGAUGAGCAAAUCUGUUAUCCUAUUUUGCCGCGCUAUUGCUAUCAUCUAUCCUUCAACACAUUCAUUUGUCCUCAUUUGGGGAAACAAAAAGCUAAAACGCACCUUUCUUUUGGUCUUGUGGCAAGUGACAUGCUGGAGGAAGAGAACAAAAAUGUCGAAAUCCCUGGGUUUUUCGCAAGAGAGACCUUAAGUGCUGC